UGCCUCGUACGGGAAAGGUCUACUGUUGGGAUCUCAUUGUCGGUUUUGCUCAGAAGAAUCGGGCUUAAGAUGAAGUUUGUGGUGGCGCUCGCAGUCCUGGCCGUGGCAGUCCUGGCGUCGGCUCGGCCAGACGUCCUGGACUUCGAGGGCGAGGAUCACCAGCACCAGCAGGAGGGAGACGCCGGGGAGCACGUGGAAGGGUCUUACAGCUGGACGUCCCCCGAAGGCGAGGAGUUCCACGUCCAGUACGUGGCCGACGAGGACGGCUACCGGGUGCUGGAGUCGAACGCCGUGCCCGUGAACCACGACGGGAUGGCGGCGGACGGCAACCAGGGAGCCUUUGGCGAGGAAGAAGGAGAAGGAGGAGAACGAUAAACACCGAGAAGGGGUGAAGAACGAUGAAAAGAAGACAGAAAACGGAGGAGAAAGAA